AUAGAAGCGAAAAUGGAGAUGAGAGCGAGGGAAGACGUUGAAAGCUUAGGGCAAGACCUAACCCCUCCGCUGCCUCCACUGGCCUUCUCUCUCCACGACGCCUCUCUCCUCUCUCACUGCUCCUCCUGCUUCUCUCCCCUCCCUACCAAUCCUUUCUCCCACCAUUCCCUCCUCUACUGCUCGCCUCAUUGCUCUCAAUCUGAUUCCCUCCUCCACCUCUCCUCCGCCGAGCACCUCCUCCGCGGCCCCGCCGCCUCCUCUUCCGAUCUCCGCGCCGCCCUCCGCCUCCUCCGCCGCCUGGAGCUCCUCGACCUUAUUCCCCGCUCUCCGAUCCGCCGCCUGGACAGAAUCGGCGGAUUGAUGUGUAACCGCGACAAACUGAUGUCCGGAGAGGACGACGACGUUUGGGCUAGGGUGAGGGACGGCGCCGAGGCCAUGGCAAAGGCGAGGCAGAUGCGCGACGGUUUUGAAGCGGAGGUGUCCGGAGAGUGUGUGUUGGAGGAGGCGGCGUUGUGCGCGGUGCUAACGAAUGCUGUGGAGGUGCAGCUUGAUGGCGGACAGGCCCUGGGGAUAGCUGUGUACGAUACAACCUUCUCCUGGAUCAACCACAGCUGCUCCCCCAAUGCUUGCUAUUGGUUCUCGCGGCAGGAUUGUUCCUGCUGUGACUUGAGGUUGCGCAUUGUUCCAGCCAUCACUGGCAGCUUUGAAGUGACGGAGAGCGGUGGUUGCAACAAGUUUGAAUCCACAAGAGUGGGUAACGCAUAUGGUCCGAGAAUAAUUGUUCGAAGCAUCAGGGCAAUCAACAAGGGCGAGGAGGUCUCUGUUGCAUACACUGAUUUAUUGCAGCCUAAGGCAGUGAGGCAAUCAGAGUUAUGGUUAAAGUAUCGGUUUAUUUGCUCCUGUCAGCGAUGUUGUGCUUGGCCUCCAACUUAUGUGGAUCAUAUGUUGCAGGAAAUUUAUGCUGUUAAUUAUGAUGGUGCCAACUCGAGUUUUGUUCAGAACUUCCACAGAAAAGAAGCACUUGAAAAUUUGAGUGAUCGUGUAGAUGAUGCUGUAGCUGAAUAUUUGACGCUUGGUAAUCCCAAAUCUUGCUGUGAGAAGCUUGAGAAUUUGUUGAUUCAUGGUAAUGAUGGACAAUUUGAAUCAAAAAAAGAAAAAGAAAAGCAGCAAUAUUGGUUGCAUCCACUCCACCAUCUCUCAUUGAGUGCCUAUACCACACUGGCGUCUGCCUAUAAAACCUGUGCAACUGAUUUGUUAGCUCUUGAUCCUGAAAUGGACAAACAUCUUCUGGAAGCUUUCGAUAUGAGUAGAACCGGUUCUGCAUACUCCUUAUUGCUUGCUGGUGCAACCCAUCAUCUAUUUCUGUCUGAAUCUUCUCUUAUUCUCUCUGUUGCAAAAUUCUGGACUAGUGCAGGGGAGUCCUUAAUUGAUGUUGCAAGAAGCCCUGCAUGGAAAUUGCUUGCAAAACAGGGGUUAGCCAUUGCAGAGCUUUCAUCUCCUUGUAGUUACAAAUUCUGCAAGUGCGUACUGGUGGAGAAGUUUGGAGCAGACUUUGCUUUUAGUCAAUCUCAAAGUGUAGUAUUGGAGGACAUAUCUAGGGAGUUCCUUAGUUGUAUCAGAAAUAUUACACCACAGGUCUGGAAUUUUCUGAUUCAUCAGGACUUAUACUUGAAACUAAUUAAAGAUCCCCUUGAUUUCAGAUGGCACGGGGCUACCAAUUCUUACAGAAUAUUGGGUACUGAAAGGCAUGUAGGUGAGUCAGAUUCAGAAGGCAGUCUUUAUAGAGGUGAAGAACAUAUCUGGAUAAACCAAGAAAAUAUACUUAUCUUUCGGCUUGGUGUUCAUUGCCUUCUAUAUGGGGGUCUUUUAUCAUACAGAUUUUGUGGAAAAUAAUCUCAUUUGGCUCAGUGCAUUCAGACCUUCUUCACAAAGUGAUUUUAUCCAUUUGUUUGCCGAACAAAUUGAGAAGAAAUGAACAUGUUUCAGGGACUGUCAAAUUGUUUGCCUGUAGCCUGAGCUGCAAACUUGAAUUCUGGCUUUUCUGCUUUUGUUGAUCCAUAUUCCUGGAAACUUCUGCUUCAAAAUAAAUUUCAAUAUCUACUUUCCAGGAAUAUUGAAAUUUAUUUUGAAGCAGAAGUGGAAGAACCAAUGAAGAUUAGUGAUGUAUAUGUAUAAUGAUUUCUUAUUACCAGAAGAUUUUUUGGAAAAGGGUUUCUGUUGGCUAAACUCUACAACCCCCUGGUAAUACUAGGCCAACUGGACUUAAAAUGGCCAUGCAACUUUGAUUUUCAAAAAUGAAUGAUAUGCUUAGCAUGGAAGAUUGGAUUUAUAUGUGCACCUGCGAAAUCAUCUGGGCAUGGAUCUCCAUUGCAGGUAAGCCUUUUAUUAAACUCUGUUCCUGUAGUGUUUACCAACAGAGACAAAUGUAAAAAACCGAUUCAUGAUAAUCAAAUUCAUUAAGCAAAUUUGCUGCUAUUUGAUUUAUAUUCUACAGAAUGUAUUGAUUAUAACCAAUAUCAAGCCGGACUUCUAUGUGUAAUGUUUGAAACAGCCUCAACCAGUCUAACUUCAAAGACAGAUUGAGCAGGCCAUUGUGGCCUUGGUUGGCCCACAAGUUAGCGUCUUGGGUGUUUGAUCUAUUUAGCUAUGACUAAGGUACUAACUACUUGGGCUUGAGUAUCAAACUAAUCCAAUAAUUUCUCAAGCUUUGAUUGAUGCCUUGCUCAAGCUGGUCCAACUUAACAUAUGCUUCAGUUGUAUUCUGUGUAGUGUAUGAUAUAUAAAUAUAUCCAUGUCUGUGACCAACAAAAAAUAUUUUCGAGAUGCUAUAGAAGUAGGAUAGAUAUA